UUCUGGGAAGACUGACACCGGAUGUCCGCUGACAACUGCUGACGCUGCCGUUAUUGAGACUGACUACAUUGCCUUUAGUUGUAGUGGAGGUUUUACGGCAACCUGCAAAUGUCAGAAGGAUUUCUGGAAGACGGACCAAAGUGCCGGUGCUGCAGCUGUCUGCAGCGCCGCCAAGGCUUACAUACUGUGUCUGAAAGGAGAAACAGAAGAAGCCUGUGAUACGAGCACUACUGUGGUAGCUCUGGCAACUGGUGUAGAGACUAGGAUGACAGGUCUGGGAACAACAGACUGUGCUAUCUCCGACUCUUGUCAGUGUCAGAUCAAUACUGCUAAGACUACUAUUGCUUCAGAUGCCAACAAGUGCACUGCUUAUAACAAUGAGCUGAGCUGCCUGAGAACCGCGCAAGCUGCAGGCUGUGACGGCACCACCAAAAAGAGCGCCGUUGCAACGGCUACUGACACCGCAAGAGCUGAUCUGCAAACUGCCGAAUGUCCUGCUCCAACUGCUACUUGCCAAUGUGAGAUUAACGCUGCGAAAGGAGACGCAGCCUCAACCACAACGUACUGCACUGUUCUGUCUACACUGAAGACCUGCCUCUCUGCUAUCACCACCGGCACCGAGGCAGGGUGUACCAGCAUCACCCAGGAAGCUCUUGUGACUGACACCGAAGCAAAAACAACCACUGCCAAAUGUGGGAGUGCUGCUGAUCACGUGACGUUUGCGAUAACAUCGCUAGUCGUAUCAGUUCUGGUACACCUGUUCCUGUAACGCCUCACAAUCUGGCCAUUUGACGCUCCUGUUAGUUCGAAGUUCUCAUAAACUAUAUCUGCUGUGAUUUAUCAAUUUGGCCGUUUGACGCUCCUUUGCGUUC